CCCCUCGCCGGGCGCAGGCUGCCCCGAGAAGGGCUGGCUCCGGGAGAGCCGAAGUGAUGUGGCUUGGAUGAGAGCGGUGCGGGGAUGGAGGGCGCUCUGCUGUGUGAUGAUGAGAUCUUACUGCGUACAGAGAUAGAGUUUCACAAUGCAGCGAAGACCAACAACAUACAGAAGAUGCUGCAACUGAUCGACAAAGGAGUGGACGUCAGGGCCAAGAACAGUGUAGACAGGACAGCCAUACACUGGGCAGCCGGAGCUGGACAUGAGCAGGCAGUGAAGCUUCUGCUGGACCAUGAUGUGCCUGUGGACGAGGAGGACAAUUUCGGAAUGAAUGCACUGCUUUUGGCAGCCUGGUUUGGACAUCUUCGAUGUCUGCAGAUUCUUGUCAAUGCUGGAGCCAAGAUUAACUGCAUUAAUAAGAAUGGGUUGAAUCUUCUUCACUGUGCCGCACAGAGAGGCCACAUCAAGGUCAUGGAGUUUAUUAUGGAGGAUCUUGAAAACAUUAAAUUAGACAAGGUAGACAAGUCAGGGAGGACGGCUUUUCAUCUAGCGGCAGAACAUGGGAAGUUGGAAGUGGUGGAAUUUCUUAUCGGUUCUGGUUGCCAGCACAGUUUAAAGGACAAGGAGAACAACACAGCCAUUCACCUGGCGGCUAAGAAUGGGCACACAGAGGUUCUGCAGAAGAUUGUGGAAAUUGGAGUGGACCUUAAUGAAAAAAACCUGGAAGGCCUGACCGCUUUGCAUCUUGCUACAGAAGGUGGAUAUUUUGACUGUAUGAAAAUCCUUCUAGAAGCUGGUUGUGAUGUAAACACACAAACUGAGAAAGGAAUGAACUGCCUCCACUAUGCAGCCUUCCAUGGACACGAAGAUAUUGCAAGAGCACUUAUUGAUGCAGGAAUUGAUAUUAAUGCUGUAAACAAUCAAAAUUCAUCGGCUCUGCAUAUUUCAGUUCUGCAGAACUUUCCAUCUUUGGUCAAGCUUUUUAUUGACUGUGAGUGUGAUCUGGAUAUUGCUGACUACAGGCUUCAGACUCCUCUUCAUAUUGCUGCAGAGAAUGGCCGGCAAGACAUGGCAGAGAUGAUCCUCGUUGCUGGAGUAAACCUCAAGCUGCAGGAUAAGCAAGGGAAGACGUCACUUGAUGUGGCUGCACGUGGGAAUCACAUCAAUUUGGCAGAUAUGAUCAUCAAGGCUGAUCGAUUCUACAAGUGGGAGAAGGAUAAUAUGAACAGUGAUUCUGAUUCGUGGAUGGCGAGGCAUUUGACCUUUAAGCAGGACCAUCGCCUUGAGACACAGCACAUCCGCUCAGUCCUCUGGAGACUUGCCACAAAAUAUCUCAAGCCCGGUGAAUGGAAGAAACUGGCCCAGUACUGGAAGUUCACAGAUGCCCACAUCCGGGCUAUAGAGCACCAGUGGACAGGGUCUAAAAGUUAUCGAGACCACGGUCACAGGAUGCUGCUGAUCUGGCUGCACGGGAUAGUGAUGGCUGGUGAAAAUCCAGUGAAAGGAUUGUACGAGGGCCUGGUGGGCAUUGGUCGGAGAGACCUGGCAGAAAGCAUCAGGAAAAAGGCAAAUGCAGAUGAUUCCUCACCGAAGACAUGUGCAGCCAUGUGAUCGCCUGCACUAGGUUAACAUUAAUAGAGAGAGAGGACGCUGCUAGCCACAUUACAAGCCUUCCCGAGUGAAGGAGAAACGUCUCAGCGCACGUUCGCUUUAAGGGCUGAUACUAAAUCCCAAAAAAUACCCUGCAGUGUCACUUUAAAGAGGUCAUCACUUUAUAAUCACCAUGGUGUGACAUCAUGGAGCAUCCAGAGGUAAAUCUGGGUUUUUGCUCGCUUGUAGCACUUUUCUCUACUCUGAAAUUUGUGAAAAGUACUGCCACGAAGGCAGGUUGUUUUUAAGGUAUUUUUUCAAAACAUCUAUAAAUAUGCACUAGUGAGUGGUGUUCCCGAAUCGUCAGCACAGUCAUGGGUUUGCCAAGGUUCUUACCCGUCUUGUUUUGUUUUUAACUAGGAUAUUUUUUUUUACAUGUAGAAGGAUUAUUAUAUCUUUUUACUUAACUCACACCUGAGUAGGGCAGAGCCACGUGAGAAGGUUGCCGUGGAGCUCAGCUUCAAACUCUGCGGUCUUUGGUGUGUUCCAAGCAUUGCGUUGUAGCAACAGUGCGGGGAUCAAACAAAUCUCCAGUGUCAAUGAGAAGCGGCAGUUGUUUUUCUUUUUGUGAAUUUAUGGUUCGUUUCACGGUUGUAUGUAAACAAAAUGUGGCUUUUUACUUAUUUGAGGAGAAAUUAAGAAUGAUUUCCUAUAUUC